CGUCUAACGGUUGGUUAUUUAUAGUGAGCUGUUAUGACAGCUGUGGUCUGCUGUUGCUUACCGAUGUAGUUCGCCUUUAGCAAGUGGGAAAUAUCUUUAUAAAAUGUGUUUCUCUCUGUGUGUGUGUGUGUGUGUGUGUGUGUGUGUGUGUGUGUGUGUGUGUGUGUGUGUGUGUGUGUGUGUGUGUGUGCGUGUUGGUAUAUGUGGUUUGGAAGGACAUUGUACCUGACAUUUCACCUGGGCUCCGCGGACCUAGUGGGAUUAGGCGGACUAUGCCAAGGUCCGCCUAAUUCAAAGAGUGUAUAAGCAUUUGUUAGUGUCUAACUAACAUAUAUUCUCAUUUUCUUUGAAAGUCCUUUUUUACCACUUGACCUGAUUUUGAGUGUAUCCCAGUGUAUAGCACAGCGGACCCCAUCGGUGGGUCGUAGAUUGCAGUUUCUUACACAUUUCUGAUACACAAGUGCAAUUUGCGCGCGCUGUGUUGUGAUUGGGUGGUUGACCUAUGUGGGCGGGGCAUACAGCCAGACGAGUCGACGCUACUCCUGACCACGUUUCGGCUGUCGCCUUUUAAAAAUUAAAUGUACCUGGAGAACAACAACAUGGCGUAACUGAUGAAGCCUACUGGGACAGCGCUGUACACGACGCAAAACAUGCAGAGGAGAAGACGUGUUAACCCAAAGGAAGAUGCAACAUUUUAUAUUACUGCUGGAAGGGACAAAGUGGCACUUGACAUCAAAUACAUCAAUGCCAUCAAAGGUCGUGGUAUCUUCACCUCUGCUCCAUUUGAAAAAGGAGACUUUCUGGUGGAAUACAGAGGUGAACUGAUAACCAAGCAAGAAUGUGAGAGGAGACAGAGAGUCUACCAUGACCACCUCAAAGUCUUUAUGUUUGAGUUCCAUUUCAAUGGAAAACUGUGGUGUGUUGAUGCAUCGACUGAGGAUGGGUCAUUUGGAAGAGUGGUAAAUGAUGACCAUUUAAACCCUAAUGCCAGGAUGAAGUACUUUACCGUAAAAGGGAAGCCCCAUCUGUGCUUAUUUGCAGUAAGAGACAUAGGUCCAGGAGAGGAGAUCACCUACAAUUAUGGUGACUCAAACUGGCCAUGGAGAUGCAAGAAUCCUGGCAAGUCUUUGGAGACGAUACAUGGUGAGGGACCACCCACAUCAAAGCCUUGUACAAGUGAAAAAGAUGUUGACGAGGACACGUCUCAGAGGGGUUGUGAAGCCACAAAUUGCCCUUCGUCAAGUGAAGAUGUUGAAGAGAUGAUGGCUGAGGGCAGCCCGAACAAGCUGGCUGCGAGUUCCAUGAAUCUGCCGAGUCCUCUUCUGGAUCCACUUGGCAAGGUUGAAAAGUUUGUUGACGAGGACACGUCUCAGAGGGGUUGUGAAGCCACAAAUUGCCCUUCGUCAAGUGAAGAUGUUGAAGAGAUGAUGGCUGAGGGCAGCCCGAACAAGCUGGCUGCGAUUUCCAUGAAUCUGCCAAGUCCAGUUCUGGAUCCACUUGGCAAGGUUGAAAAGUAUGUUGACGAGGACACGUCUCAGAGGGGUUGUGAAGCCACAAAUUGCCCUUCGUCAAGUGAAGAUGUUGAAGAGAUGAUGGCUGAGGGCAGCCCGAACUUGCUGGCUGCGAGUUCCAUGAAUCUGCCAAGUCCAGUUCUGGAUCCACUUGGCAAGGUUGAAAAGUAUGUUGACGAGGACACGUCUCAGAGGGGUUGUGAAGCCACAAAUUGCCCUUCGUCAAGUGAAGAUGUUGAAGAGAUGAUGGCUGAGGGCAGCCCGAACAAGCUGGCUGCGAUUUACUGGAAUCUGCCAAGUCCAGUUCUGGAUCCACUUGGCAAGAUUGAAAAGUUGACCACUGAGACUAACCAAAAUCAGCUCACGAGUCCAAAUGAGACUGAUACAGUUUUCAACAGUGAAAAGUGUUGCAAACAUCGCCUGGUGUGCACAACAGUCUCCUCUUUGGACAGAUGCGUUCAGUGUGUGGGACCAGUAUCUGCCUUCAAGUGGCUUGGCUAUCGCUGCAGAGUUUGUUCCGGGGUCUGGCAUAAAUCCUGCCUCAGACAAAUAACAACUGAUUACAUCCAAGACCCAUCACAGCAGCAAAAGUUCCCUAGGUCUUCUGGGGAUGAACUGCUUUCAGAUGAAGACGACCUUCCACAUUCAGAACUGAACCAAAUAUUGGAUGAUGAGGAUUACGUAUCCGAUAUGGACUACGUACCCAACUCAGACUCACACGAUGAUGACGAUGACUAUUCAGAUGCAAGCAUACACUUGAUGCCAAGACUGUUGAAAGCUACACAAAUUCAAGAGAAAGUGGUAAAACCCGAUGUUGGAACAUCUGAUGCCUCAGACACAAACAUCCUAGUUGUGCCCAGCACUUCAAAACAUCCACCUCUUGAAGAUCCCAUGGAAGUCGCAUCUGAUUCAGGAAAUUCCAUCAAAGACUCAUCAAGGGAUCCAGAGGGUAAAGGUGAACUUCAUGAACAAGACUUGCCACAUCUCAUUUUUAGUAAAAAAAAUUACUGUUACAUUUGUGGUAAGCCACAAAGCAAGAUCUCCCGCCAUUUGAGAACACACAAGACACAUGCUGAAGUUGUACGUGCAUUUUCCCUUCCAGAAGACUCAAAAGAGCGCAAGACAAUAUUAGAAAAAAUGAGGAAUAAGGGAAAUUUUCAACACAACACUGAAGUUUUACAAGGUGGAACAGGACCAGUCAAAGUGAAAAGGAAACCAAAAGCUAAAUCACAACCAGGAAAGUUCAUUCACUGUAUGCACUGUCAAGGGAUGUACAUUCGUAAGGAGCUUUGGAGACAUGUCCGCAGAUGCCCCUUUAAGCCAGAAAACCAAGAUUUGGAUAAAGAACCUGGGAGAACUAAAGUGCUGGCUUUGGCUGCAGCUCACGAGUCUGCAUUCUCUCAGCAGAUCUCAAGUGGAGUGUGGAAGCUCCUUGGUGUCAUGAAACAGGAUGAGAUUGCCUCCAUUGUGCGAAAUGACCUAUCUAUUAUUCAGUUUGCCCAGUCGCUCUACAACAAACACGGACAAGACCCUACAAAACAUGAGUACCUGCGACAGAAGCUGCGUGAAGUGGGGCGUUUGUUGUUAUGUCUGCGCACAGAUUUCUCAGUACAAAACUUAGAGGAAGCUGUUAAACCUGCUAACUUCCAGAGAGUUGUGCAAGCAGUAAAGAAAGUUGCAGGUUUUGAUGAAGAAAAAGCCUCAUACCUUACACCAAGCCUUGCGCUGAAACUGGGACAUGCACUACAGAAAAUCUGUGACAUUGUUCAUUGUAGGGCACUCAUGGCAGAAGAUCAAGAACUGAUCAGGUCCACUGAAAUAUUCAAGAAGUUGCAAAUGUCCAAGUGGUCUGAGUUGGUGUCUCAUAGAGCCCUGAACACACUGAGUGAUGCAAAAUACAACAAGCCAUCAACAUUGCCCUUCACAGAAGAUGUUCAGACCCUUCAUCGCUACCUUGACAAAUCUGCAGAAAGUUCAUUUUGCAACUUGAAGGAGACAGCUACCACUCAGAACUAUGCUCAACUUGCAAAAGUCACUCUUGCACAAAUCAUUGUGUUCAAUCGAAGACGUGCUGGGGAGGUUUCAAAAAUGCGUCUCAAAAGUUUUCAUGAAAGAGACAACACAAAGCUCCAUGACGAUGUGGCCAUGGGUUUGUCAAAGACUGAGAAGAGACUCUGCAACUAUUUUAGCCGAAUCGAAAUAAUGGGAAAAAGAGGCAGAAAGGUUGCAGUUCUGCUCACACCAAGAAUGGUUGAUGCCCUGUCACUUCUUGUCAGUAACAGAGCUGAAUGUAAUGUUUGUGCCACAAAUGUCUUCCUGUUUGCAAGACCCAAAUCAAUGAGCUACUACAGAGGACAGGACUGUUUACGUGUUCAUGCAAGUCAGUGUGGAGCAAAGCACCCUGAGUACCUUAGGUCAACACAUCUCAGGAAACAUGUUGCUACACUCUCGCAGGUCCUUAAUUUAAAAAACAAUGAACUUGAUCAGGUUGCAGAUUUCUUGGGUCACGACAUCCGUGUUCACCGCGAUUUCUACAGAUUACCAGUUCCCACAACUCAACUGGCCAAGAUUUCCAAACUGCUUUUGUCAAUGGAAAAAGGAGAUCUUUCCAGCAUGCAGGGGAGAUCACUGGAUGAGAUUGAAAUUGAAGAAAUCGCGGUAAGUGAUGCUGAGGCCAAGGACAGGGAAAGUGAGCCUGAGAGUGAUGAAGCAGGGUGUGGAACCAGCAAACCUGUGGAUGAUGCAGACUCAACAUUCACAGCUGCGGAAAUGGUGUCAGCGGUGUCAUCCACAGUAAUCAAGACUGCCCCUCCAUCUGAAGGAAAAGUUGACCAUCGCGAAGCUGGGGCCAGAAGAUUGUGUCCGAAGAGAGUGUGGAUUAAGGCUGAGGUUGCUGCAGUGAUGCGCUAUUUCAGCAAGCAAAUAAAAGAAGGAAAACUGGCCACCAAAGCUGAGUGCAGUCACUGCAAGGAGGUAGAGGGGCCCGUGUUGGCAGAGAGAACUGUCCAAAAUAUUAGGGACUUUGUCAGAAACAGAGGGAGGGCUGCAAAAAGGCAGCAACAAAAACUGUAAACUGUAAAAACUGUGUGUGGGGGUGAGGGGUCGGGGUUUUUUUUUGUUAGAAGCAGGAAAGCUAAUGGUUCUUGUGCAGUUAUGCCAAUAUACAGUUAAAAUAAUAUGAAGCUACAGUGAUCUCUUUUGUUAUAAUUUAUAAUUGUUUUUUAAUGUUUUCGUUAUGCUGAUAUGUUAAACUUUCACGUCUUCACACACAAGCUGGGAACCCAGAGCAAUUCUCUUUUGUUUUAAUUUAUUUAUUUUUUGUUGAGGGCAACAAAAAGUUAGAAAAAAAAACUGUUAACCCACAAUGUGUGGGGGUGAGGGGUCUGGUUUUUUAGCUAAUGUAGCUAUAAAAAAAGUUGCCAAUAUACAGUUAAAAUAAGCUGUGAAGCUACAGUGAUCUCUUUUGUUUUAAUUAAUUUAUUUUUAUUUGUGGAUAUUCUGAUGUGUUAAUCUUGGAUGACAUAUUUUCAAAGUUGUGUGGAAUGACAGUUCUAACAUUUACAAUUUAAAUGCAAUAGUUUAAAAUGUCAAGACUCAA